AUGGCCUAUUCAGACCAAGUGACGGUAGAUAAGUCGUACUUUGAUGCGCUACUUCGCAGGGCCGAUUUUGCGACUUGCGGUCGGUGUCACGCUAACAUGCCUCGCAAGCAUACAUCUGCUCAGAUCCUCGGCCGCCAAGAUGCUGCCAGCGUCACCAUAUCCAAGGCGGACUACGAUCAUCUGCUACUUAAGCAGUCUCUCCUCCAAGGUGGCCUCACACCAGACGCGCUUGCUUUGCUUAUCAGUGGUGCAACCGAAUCGAAGCCCACGCAGCACAAGAUGGACUCCUGGGCCGACGACUACAUCGACACGCCACCUGCCUAUGCCAACCAUACCACAAGUCAUUCAGCUUCACAUCAUGCUACUGCAUGGAGAUCUGUGCCUGACAACGCAGACUUCGCCGAGGCUGAUAGCUUUAUGGACGAGCAAAAUGAUGUCGAAGCCACGCACAGCAACAACGGUGCUCCUCUGCGCACCCUAUGUCUCUCCGGCUUCGCCGCAGGUACCACAUACCGCGAUCUCGUCUCGGUCAUCAAGGGCGGGAAGCUUCUCAACAUCAGCAUGCGCUCCGAUCGAAAUGCAACUGUAACCUUUGCAGAUGGCGCCGCAGACUUCUUGGCAUGGGUCAAACGCAACGACGUCUAUCUGCAUUCAAAGCGCAUCGACUUCAAGUGGGCCGACCGUCAGUAUCAUCUCAACAACCAUAUUCAGGAUAAGCUUGCCAGUGGCGCCUCUCGAAACAUCCUCAUCCGUUCAGCUGGUGAGAAAGGCUUCACUGAAGCACAAAUUCGCGCAGAUAUGGAGCACAUCCAUAACCUGGUCAUCAUCGACAUUGCCUUUCGAGCUGGCAACGCAUACGUUUCCACUAACUCAGUCCACAACGCUCUAUUCGCUAGAACUUGCAUGAUGAGCAGAACCGCCUAUCGAGGUUGCAAGGUCGAAUUCUUCCCAGAUGAGUGUGAUGUGCCGUUGCCAGCUCGCGCAACCAUAGCAAAGUCACUGACUCAAGCACCAAUCGCAAAGAAAACGCCAUUCCUUCGCUUUCUGGAUGACGAUAUUACAACUUGA